AUGGAAAAGUUCCUUGGUGAUAUAUUGCUGCCGGUUUGUGCAAGUAAAUCAGAGGACGAUCCUUUCAAAACCAGUGAUUCAGCUCGUUCUCGAUCUAAAGAAGAAUCUAGUGUGGAUGAGGCAAAAAACACAACUCCUUCGGUUACUCAUCAAGAGAAAGAAGAAUCUAGUGUGGAUGAAGCAAAAAAUACAACUCCUCCGGUUACUCAUCAAGAGAAAGAAGAAUCUAUUGUGGAUGAAGCAAAAAAGACAACUCCUCCUUCUGCUAUUGAUUUAGCUCUUAACUCAGUGGUUAAGGUCUUCACCGUCUCUAGCAAGCCUAGACUUUUUCAACCUUGGCAGAUUAGUAUGCAGAAUGAAUGCUCUGGCUCUGGAUUUUUAAUAUCGGGAAAGAAGAUUAUUACAAAUGCGCAUGUGGUGGAUAAUCACACAUCGGUUAAAGUACAAAAGCACGGUUCAGCCACCAAGUACAAAGCAAAAGUUCGAAUGAUUGGGCAUGAAUGUGAUUUAGCCAUCUUGGAGGUCGAUAACGAUGAGUUUUGGGAGGGAAUGAACUUCUUGGAGCUUGGAGACGUACCCAAGCUGCAGGAAGAGGUGCACCUUGUUGGCUAUCCUUGUGGUGGUGACAGUAUAUCCGUUACAAAAGGUGUUGUGUCGAGAGUUGAACUAAAAGAAUAUAGUCACAGCUCGACAGAGCUACUCACAGUACAAAUAGAUGCAGCUAUCAAUUCUGGAAAUAGUGGUGGUCCUGUAUUUUUGGGAAACAAAGUGGCUGGUGUAGCAUUUGAAGGUUUGUUCUGGUCCGAUGGUAUUGGUUACAUGAUUCCAACUCCAGUAGUUAAGCACUUUUUAGACUGUGUUGAAGAAAAACAUGUUAGUUUCGGCUCAAUGAAUAUAUCAUAUCAGAUGAUGGGGAAUGCACAAAUUCGUGACUAUUUCAAGAUGAGCAAAGAUAUGACAGGGAUUCUUGUAAACGAAAUAAACCCGCUGUCCGAUGCUUACAACUUUCUGAAAAAGGAUGAUGUUAUUCUGGCCAUUGAUGGUGUUCCUAUAGGAAAUGAUAGUAAAGUUCCGUUUCUUAACCAGGACACCGUAGAUUUCAAGCAUUUGGUCUCUAUGAAGAAACCAUCUGAAACAGCUCUAAUUAAAGUGUUAAGAGAGGGAAAAGAGUGUGAGUUCAACGUCGGUCUAAAACCUGUGAAACCGCUAGUUCCAUUGCAUAAUUUUGACAAGAUGCGAAGUUACUAUAUAUACGGAGGGUUUCUUUUUGUACCUCUAUCCCAACCAUACAUUGAUGGCUCUUAUAUGUGCGAGUGUUCUUCCAAAAAGAUGCCCAAGAAAGCCAGUGAACAGAUAGUAAUCAUUUCUCAGAUCUUAGAGGAUGACAUCAACGCAGGAUACGCCAGUUUUGAAGAUUUGCAGGUGAAGAAAGUGAAUGGAAUCGAAGUGGAUAAUCUGAAGCAUCUAAGUCAAGUCAUAGAGGAGUGUAGCACCGGGUAUUUGAGGCUGGAUUUGGAAAACGAAAAGGUUCUCAUCCUCAAUAAUAAGUUGGCAAGAAAAGCAAAUUCUACGAUCUUGAAAGAACUCAAAAUACCGUCGGCCAUGUCCGAUGACCUUCAACCUAGGCAGGUUAACAGAAGCCGCUUAGUUAGUCCUCGGCAUAGCAAGAAAAAUAAUUAGU